AUGGCAAGAAGUGCGGAAGCCGAGGUGGAAAAGAUGAAAGCCUUGGAGGAGCGCAUAAAGGCACCGUCCAUUUGGGGGAGGGUGCCAUGUGGUAUACGCUUCGAGGACUUGCAGGAUAGGAGAUAUGAAGACGCUGUGAGACUGUUGAAGAAACACUAUUUGACGGAAGAGAUCACCUACAGAUCGGUGAAGAUAGCUGAUGACAAAGAGGGCACUGACGAGUUUGUUCACCAGGCAAGGAUCUGGAUGAAGGACAAAAUGUCCAUCGCGGCGGUGAAGGAGGGUACGGACAAACUGGUCGGCGUUAUGAUCAUGAGGAUACAGGAGAAACAGGCGUUCUCCCGCACAUUCAGCCGAGUGAAGAUCACCUAUAACCCUCUAUACUCGACUGUGGUAACGUUCAAUAGGGAAGUGGAAAAACCAGUCAAUAUGUUUGACAAACUCGGAGUGCGGAGGUACUUCAAGAUAUAUGUGCUCGCUCUUAAGGCGAGGUACCGGCAUCGGGGUGUAGCGAAGGAGAUGUUAAAAGCGGCAAUAAACCUCAGCACCAGUGCAAGCGUACCCGCGAUAGUCGGCUUGUUUGGCACGGGCCGAGGGCAGCAGAUCGCUGAGGAACUGGGCUUUGAGAAGUUCAACGAGAUCUAUUAUGUUCGAUAUCUUAUUGAUGAUCAGAUAGUAUUUUGGGACACGGGGCUCGGAAACUACGGGAUGGCGCUGAUGGGCUAUCGCAUUCCAUCUGUGGACGAGCCAGAAGAGAUUCGACCUCAGGCAUCUUCCAGAUUCAAUGUGCAAGUAGCUAAUGAUGACGAUCAGGAGACUUGA